AACCGCUCUGCUUUAGUAGUGGAAACGAUAGCACCCGUUGUGCGAAGAACGCAAUCACAACUCACACUGCCAACUGAUUUUCCUCUCAUUUAGUUUCCUACUUUUAAAGAAGUUUACAAGGAGGGUACUCUUCCGGAAGUUCAUAAGAAUCGUCGGGGUAUGAAAGUGGAGCGGACGCCUCAAACUAAGUAAAAGAGGAGGUAAACCUGUACGUUGAUGGCUGCUGGGGAUGGAGCCCAGCUGCCGGCCACAGUAGCGGCCAGUCGGAGCGUGGAGAAGGCGCUCGAGGAGGCUGCCGCGAGCGGGGCUCUUAACUUGUCCAACCGAAAACUGAAGGAGUUUCCCCGCAGCGCCAGGAACUACGACCUGUCCGACAUCACACAUGCAGAUCUGUCAAAGAACCGUCUGUGUGAGCUGCCGGAGGAUCUCUGUCAGUUCAUCUCUCUGGAGACGCUGAGCCUUUACCACAAUGGGAUGCGUUCGCUGUCCUCCAGCCUGGGCAACCUCCAGGCCCUCACCUACCUCAACCUCAGUCGUAAUCUUCUGUCCAGUUUACCCCCGCCGUUGUUUCAGCUUCCCCUCCUUCGAGUGCUCAUCGUCAGCAACAACAAGCUGUGUUCACUGCCUGCCUCCAUAUACUCCCUCACGCACCUCCGACAGCUGGAUGUGAGCUGUAAUGAGCUGCAGUGUUUGCCGGCAGAGCUCGGCCAACUAGAGUGUCUGAGGGACUUAAACCUGAGGAGGAACCAGCUCACCACUUUGCCUGAAGAAAUAUCCGAGCUCCCCCUUGUCCGUCUCGAUGUGUCCUGCAACCGCAUUUCCCACGUGCCCCUGUGUUACCGCCACCUCCGGCAUCUCCAGAGCAUCACACUGGACAACAACCCGCUGCAAAUGCCACCUGCACAGAUCUGCUCCAAGGGCAAAUACCACAUCUUCAAGUACCUCAACAUGGAGGCCUGCAAGAGGAGCCAGGAGGAGCUAGAGAGACACCUGAGGCCCACUGGAUUCAACAGCUGUCUGUCAGACCAGGAGCUGUUCACAGGUCAGUUUGGAGGGCUGGACUCUGGCUUCAACAGUGUGGACAGCGGCAGCAAACGGUGGUCUGGGAAUGAGUCAGCAGAUGACUUCUCAGAGCGUUCCCUCCGAAUGGCUGAGGUCAGCAGAGACCAGAGGAACCUGGAGGAGGAGGAGGAGGAAGAGGAUGGAUCUCCUCUGGAAGCUAACAAAGUAAACGGAGAGGCUGAACACGUGGACUUCAUUGACAGCAGUGUGACAGAGGAAGAGGAGGGGGAGAUCAGGAUGGACCCACCCACGCCUCCUCUCACAGCAGCUCCUCUGGAGCAGCAGAAGAACUCUUCACCACCUCAAACCCAGGAAUCAACAGUACGCAGGUCCAGCCUCCAUGUGGAGGUGAGCCCCCCAUCAUCGACCUCCUCCUCUCCCCUGUCCCCCUCGAGCCCCACCCUGGAGGAGCGGAGGAGGCCGGGCACCUUGUCAAUCUGGCAGGAGAGAGAGCGUCUGCAGCAGCAGAGAGAAAAAGCCAGUUUUCUGAAGUCAUCCAGCAAAACAGGAAGUCUUGUAGCCACUGCACCACAGACAGGAAGUAGUUCUGCUGGUGCAUCUCCAGAGAACAGCAACUCCCACUCGGGCCUCCGGCAGCGAUGUGCAAGUGCUGACCAGAUGAGCACAGUGUCUCCUUCAACGUUCCUCCAUCGCUCCAGCAGCAGAACAGAUGUCCCAUCCUCCCCGAAGACGUCCCCUCCACCUGGCCAGGCCCAGAAGCCCAACAGCUUCCUGUUCCGCACCUCCUCCCGUAGCAACGUCAAACCCACAGCAUCAAUCUUCACUCUUGGCGAGUCUGGCAGAAGCGAGUCUCGCACCAUGCUGCGUUCUCCUAAAGAGGAGAGGCCAGACAUCACACAACUACGCAAGACUCUGGAGUCUCGGCUGAAGAUCACUCUACCGGAGGAUCUUGGCGACGCCUUGUCCAGUGGCACCGUCCUCUGCCAGCUGGUGAAUCAGAUCCGACCGCGCUCUGUGUCAAUGAUCCACAUUCCCUCCCCAGCAGUGCCAAAACUGAGCUCAGCCAAGUGUCGACUCAACGUGGAAAACUUCAUUGCUGCUUGUCGCAAGCUGGGAGUCCCUGAGGCGGACUUGUGUGUGUGCUCUGAUGUGCUUCUGUAUAAGCCACCCGCUGUGCUGCGCUGUGUGAUGGCCCUGCUGGCCGUGGAGGAGGGGGGGACGGCGGAGGACCAGUCCGCCCGCCACUCCUCACCUUCGUCGUCAUCGUUCUCCUCCUCCUCGCUGCUGUCCACAGAUUUCCUGCUCUUCUACUGUGCGGCCAUGGCGCUGCUCUACGUCCUCUACUGCUACCUGCUCACCUAGAGGAGCAACACAACACAGUGCUGACACACUCACAUGACUGUUGACCUGCUCACAAACGUACUGAACACACACUCACUUUGUCGAGUUUAAGGCCAGCAUACACAGCUGCUGCCACAGUUGUCAUCUCAGACAAUACUCUGCAGUGUCUGUGUGUGUGUGUGUGUGUGUGUGUGUGUGUGUGUGUGUGCUAUUCAGUAUGCAUACCCUCCACGGCUGUAAACAGAUGUCAUGAGACCCUAAAAGUGUGUGUUGAGUCUCCACAGCUGCACUGGUUGGACGUUAGAGCCAUAAAGAGCAUACGGCAGAGCACCUUUAAGAAACAAACAGAAUACACUACAGCGCACUGAAGUGACAGCUCUUCAUGUAGACACUUAGACGAAUAGAAAGCACUACACUGUAUGAGAGCAGAUAAACAUAGAAAUGCCUUAUCCUCGUUUACCCUCCGCUCUAGAAUGCACAGCACAUUUGGAGGAGAUGGGAGUUUUCCGUCUCAGGCAGAGCUUCUCCACAGGCAGAAACACUCUCACUGGUUGAGACAUGAAUGGGCGGAGCAAAGGAACCUCAGUUGAAUCCCAGCGACCUUGUAUUCGUGCACUUGUAGACAAACAGCUGCGACACAAGCUAUAUUUUCAUGCACUUACCUGCGUACUCCGAUUGCAUAUGAUAGAUUCACAUUGCAGCCACUAGGGAGCAGAUCAGGGCCCAGUCAGUCCUUCUACAUAUAGUGACACCUGCGGUCACUGUAUUGAUAAUACUAAGAGCACGGCAGAAAAAACGGCAUGCAGGAACAAGCUCUGUGAGUGUCCUCUCAAAACAUUUCUCCAGUGUUGCUGUUUGUUUAUAGCCUGCUGCUGAGCUUAACCAUCGAAUUCUCUUAGUGUUCAUUUAUGGGGAUGUGCACAACUAGCGCUCUAAAUGCAGGAUAUGCAGGGUAGCCAUCAAAUGCUUAUGGAAGCGUAGUUAAACUUAUGAAAGCUGAAUUUAAUUGAUUUUUGUUUUUGACCACUUUGGGGCCGUGCAACAAGCUGUAAACACAACAUUUGACAUAUCACCUUAUGAACAGCAUUAGCAUUCAUUUGGAGGUGUGUUUCUGGCCACCUGAUAAUUGUACAUGGAAUAUUCACUCCUCCUUUUAUCUCUGUGCAAACUGUGAUGGAUGUUCACAACAAACAGACUAGCUUCUAUCACAUUAGCACGUACUGUAUGUUCUUCGGUGUUAAGUAUGGAAUUUGGAAGCAGCGAUAAAUCUCAGGAGUUUUUUUUGUGCUUAUUUCUCAGCGUCACUCAGCCAGAAACACUGUGGUUCUUUCGCUCUGCUUAUCAAGUUUUAUUCUUGAGAGUAUUUCUGCGUUCAGAGCAGCUCUACCUCUGAGAAAUAUUCAAACUCCAAUCUGCCUGUUUGUAGGCGGACUACUCAUCCUGAGAGAGAAGCUGUUCAAGAAACCCAAGACUGAACUGUGAAUGUGAUUUUUAGCCUUGAGACAGAUGCAAGUUAGUUAAGUGUGGAACCUGGAUGUUAAGUGAUGUGAUUUCUGACACUACAAUGUGACAGUGAGUCUAAUGAUACAGUGCCUCUUACUGAACAUUGACUAAGACCACUGGCAGAGACUGCUUAGUUUUAUGUCUGCUAUGUUGAGCGCGAGCAGCAGGGGGCGAUGUCGCUGCACCGAUCCCCCUCCAGGACUCGUGUCCAAACCGACGGUACAAACCCCUCCAGGAGGUUGUGUGUGUGUGAAGUCUUUCGUUGUCGUUGUCACUGGGCCCUUUGACCAGCUGACUUCAUGUUUGUAUAAAUGUAAACAGGUUAUUAAAUUAUUACUUUUUUAUUUAUUUUGGAUUUUGUUGUUCCGUUUUUGUUUCUGGGGUGAAAAAGAAAAGGCUUCUUAAUUUCAAUUUAGUUAAGCAUGUGAGUUAAUACUUUUAAAGGCUCAUAAAGCUUUGUGAAGUCAACGAGUGUGCGUUAAAUCACACACACACACACGCUGGUAAAUUAGAUGUAAUCAAUAUUCAAUUAUUCAGAGUUAAAAUAACAUUGAUUGUUUAAAAGUUUUCCCAUCAUUGGAUUGGUAAAUAAUUGAUCCCCCAGAGGCUGCACAUUGAACAGAGCAUCAAACGGCCUGCGCUGUUUCCACCACACGCUGUGUCUGGCUUAUUGCUUGAGAAGGUCAAUGUCUGCAGCUGAACACAGAUUGGAAUCUAUAAUGCUUAUUUGACUGAUGUGGGGUUUCAAAGCUAAUUUUCAGGGUGAGAUUUUUUUGGGGUCGUGCUGCUAAAGCUCUGGAAAUUCUGUCGUUUAAUGUUUUUUAUCAAGGCCUCUGAAACAACAUUUACGCCAUAAUGUGACACUAAAACCCUCUACUGGAAAUCUAAUGAACUUAAAGUAGGGAAGGUAGAAGUCAAAACGUGGGGGGGAAAUUAAAUUAAGAAUGAACUUAAAAUGUUGCGUUUAGGCUUUUUUUUCAUUUACUGUGGUAAGAAUAUCAGAGGUGAGUAGUCGUGACUGAUAUUUUCCACAUAUCAACAAACUAUGUGUUGGUCUUGGUUGAGCAGAACUGAUUUUCUGAAUAUAUGGACCCCCCAGAUUGUUCAAUAUUAAAUCAAUAAUUCUGAAAGAAAUAUUAUUAUGAAAUGUUAUUUUGUUAUCCUGUCAUUAUCUUAAUGGCGUUUCAUCGGAGUUCAUUUUUAUUUUGAAGUGCAAAGCUGUUUCACCAUGGCGUUAUUCCUAAUGACAUUUAUUCCUGACAGUUUAUUUCAUGAUGCUUUUAUAGUGUCGUGGCGUCGUCUCCGGUCAGCUACGUCUGCCUCUCUCUAGCAAACUCAAAGGCUGCUACUGAAUGUAGCCACUUAGCUCCUGUUAGCUAGAGCAACAAUGCCAGAGUGAUUCUCCAUCAACUAUCCAGCUGCUGCAGCAAAUGAACACUGUACACAGACACAAUAACUUACUCUCCUUUUAUUUAGCUUAGCAUACUACACACGCUACCUAUCAAGCAAGCUAUCUAGCAAUCUUAGCAGUGUUAGCUAGCUCCUGUUGGUUUAAGACUGUCUGAAACAUCAACUCAAACACUGCUGGGGUACGCUAACUUUGAAUUAGCCAGUUAGCUGCUGCUGUUAACACCAGUUUUUCACUUUGAUGCCCAGUAAUAAUCCUAGCGGCUUAACCAAGAUAGCUGGCUAGCCGGCUAGUUUGGUACCACGUGUAGCCUUGUUGAGCUUAAAAAAAAGCAUCUCGACUCCAGUUGGUUGACUCAAAAUUACUUUAGCAUUGUUGUUGCUCUAGCUAACAAGAAGCUAACCGGCUAAGCGGCUAAGCGUGGGAGCAGCUGUUGAGCUUGAUUGCUGAAGAGAGGCAUGAUUGGUUGAAUAAAAUGGGCCUUGAAAUAAAAAUGGAAAAUAAUAUAAUAACACAGAGACUUUUGAAAUACAUGUCAACAAUGUGAUAAAAAUGAACUCAAGUAACACUGUUAAUAUAAACUUAAAAAUUAUGAAACAACAUUUCAUAGUAAUUAGUUUGAAUAGUUUAUUAUUGGUUCAUGUAUAUGUUUUACACAAUGUAUUAUUUAUUUAACAAUGAACCCUUUGGGGUCCCAAAUUAAAAAAGCCAUUCAGUUGAAAUUGCAACAGAGCAAUAACUUGAUUUUUUCAAGGUGUACAGCACACUGGUUAUUUUAGUCCACUGUCCAUUCCAUGUCCACAUCUCUGCUGUUGUCUAGAGGUCAGAAUGUCCACUGUAAAAACCUCCCUUCCCGUGGCUGCCGUUUUUUAUUAGCCCGCUGUUACGAUGAAAUUUAUACGGUUUCAAUUCAAAUGUAUAUUUUAUAAAUGAAACUGGAUAAGCAACAUACAGUAAUUCAUUCACUGGCUUAGACCAAGCUAUAUUCUUAAAUAUGUUAGUGGAACAGAAAUACUGUUGUAUUUUAUAUUUAUACGAUACCCUUGUAUUAUUAAGAAUCAUUUUUGAGUUUAUAUAAAUCUAUAUGUAAAGUUCUUUUCCUCCCGCUGUAAAGAAAUUAUUAAAAAUGAACUUUGACCAUGUGCUGUCUGUCUGCUUGCCUGCUGUCGUGCUUUUGCUUAAUCAGCCAAGAACUUUGAAGUGAUCAGGGUAUCUGCAGCUGCAAAACAGUCACCAAAGGUUCACUUGCUACCUUUUUUGUGGUGCUUUCAAAUGCAUCUCAUGGACUUCAGCAAAUCUUUAGGAUCCAAUGUCUGUCCCAACUCCUUUGUGGGAGACCGUUCUUUCUGUGGGGAAGUUAAGUCAACAUACAUUUGCCAGGCUAACCACCAAUUCUCAUCAUUUUCUCCUCCAAAACCUAAAAAUAUAGUUUGAAAACAUGAAUGUUACCUUGAUGUAGCUUGAAACUAGAUUUUUUUUUUAAUUAAACUAGAAUCUGCUCAUUACUGCCCCCUGUAGACAGCAUUACAUUUCUAUUUUUUUAAUGUUAGGAAAUUAUUGUUGCAGGACCAAAUGGAGUCUUUUUCAGGUACAAAUGAAUCCAAUUUGCACAAUUCUACAUGACAAAGUAAAACAUAACCUAACAGAGACGCUAGUCAUUGCUAAAAGAAAGCAUCUGGUGAAGAAACGGGACUUUAAAAAUGGCUCUUCAUCAGCUACAGAGGAAUCAGAAAUAACUCUCACGACAGUUGGUGAGACCACAGUUGUAGUGGGAGUGGGGUUGGAUUGGCACGUGUGAUUGGUUAACUUCCCCACAGUCCCGAAUGAGUCUCGGUUAGGGGGGGGGUUCAGAUCCACAGGGUGAGGACCCUUAAAAGUCUGAAGAAACAGACUAACAUAUUGAUGAAUUGGUCUUUUCAGGAGAUUUUUUGACAACAAAAAACCCAUCAUCAUAGCUUUAGCAACAUCAGAGUCAUUCUUUAAAUACACGAUGUUCAACAGUAGCUGGAGUUGGAUAGGAAGGCAGAAAAUCCUGCACAUCCACUCUCAGAUCAGAUCAGGACAUGGUGAUUUUACCAGCUUGGUUCUUUCAUGUUGGUUUUAAAUUAGUUUUGGAGUCAUUUUCACAACACAUUCAAACCGAUGAAGUGUGAUAAAAUUGUAAGCAGGCGCGCAGAUAUCCUGAUGCUGUCCUGAAUCCACUGUGCCCUGUGCUUUAACCUCUCCAAACGCUCCUGUGUGCUCUCCAAACAGCAGGUUUACCGUCAUAAAUUCCAGCUGGCCUGUGUGGGAGAAGGUGAGUGUAUUGAGCCAAGGUCAGAGAAAAGGCCGAAAUCAGCCCGUAGGUUUGUCAUGCACCAUUCACACGGAGGAGACUCGAUAAACUGUGCUGUCGCCUUUCUGAUUUUCCCUCACUGCAUCACUUGCAGCCUGCAGCCCGUCUGCUGCUCACACACACACCACUGGAGCUGUGAGUGUGUAUUGUCGAGCUCCCCAUUGUCUGCAUUUCAUGUAUUUAGUCAGACUGGUUCACUAGUUAAGUAAUCACUACAGAGUCAGCAGCACUGAUUAUGCAGAUUUAAUCUUUCUCAGACGUUCUGGGAAAUGUCAGUAUUUGUGGGUGAGUGAGUUCCUCUGUGGGUCCUUUCAGGGGUCACUUAGGACAAUCUAGGGGUCCCAUCUGACUGUCUAAAGAGAAAAAACCCUGAGAAUCAUAGUCAUGCAGGAAUCCAUCCACGUUCUUUUUAGGAUUUGAUGCAACAAUUACCAGGAUAAACAUUUAAUAGCAUGCCGUGUUAGCUGAUAAUGGUAGAGCUCCUAAUUUCUUGUCUAAAAGCCAUCUAAAUCUGAGAUAUGAUGAUGCAUAAUGAAAGUUAUACAACAUCACUAUAAGCGUGACAUUCAUUAGGGGCCCAGAGUCAGAACUUUGCUGUUGCAUUUCCACAUCUCCUGCCCUCUGUGCUUUGUUGUGGAGGUGCAUCUUUUCCUGGGGGUGGCUUUGAACAAUAAUCUACACCAUAUACAGUGUGAGACUUUCACAUCAUAGAACAGUGAGUCACCAGACAAGGAUGCAUUAAAAAACUACCAAAGAUGAUAUCUGAGCAAUGAUCGUGUGAUACAGCUAGGUGGUGACAGACACAGGAGCUGGCCUGGUGAAUCAGAGGCUAUUUAAACAUGUACUGCUACAGGCCAUACAGCACACUCGAUCCAGACGCUAUUAUACAGCUACCGUUUUAGAUUCACUUAACAGAAGUGCUGCCUGACUUCCACUGCUGGUGUCAGGGCUGGACACAGCUUCGAGCAGUGUCUUUCCCACGCUUGAUUAGCCAUGCUAGCAGUCUAGUGGCUCCAGGGACGGCGGUGUCAGUUGAUCGCUUUGAUGCUCCACCACUUUGGUACAGACUGAAAUAUCAGUCUAUAGCAGCUAUUGGAUGGAUUGUCAUCACAUUUUUAUAGACGUUCUUGGCUUCCAGAGGAUGGAUUUUAAUAACUUUUAAUAAUAUUUUCAAAAUGAAAACUUUCCUCUGUGUUCAGGCCUCUUGUUCACAUGCAAACAGCGUUUUAGGUCACUAAAAUGCAGAAAUGCCUUCUAAAGUGCAGAUUGUGUGUGGCAAAGUGCAAAGAUUUCAAGCCAGCAUCAGGACAGUCAUAGCUACUGUGGUUAAAUGUUGAUCUGAAAAGAUCAGUUUUUAGUUUUAUUUUAAAAUUAUUCCACGAGCUGCUUCCCUGAUAUCUGUAGGUGAUGUGUUUCAGAGCUUUGUGGGGAAAACAAGGGAAUUUGCAUUGUAGCUCAGUCCUAGUCCAUUAAGGGCUUUGUAUACAAGGAGGUGGACCUUAAAAUCAAUUGUGAAUGUCACAGGAAGCCAGUGCAGAGCAGCUGAAACUGGACUGAUGUGCUCUCUGCUUUUGGUUCUGGUUCACAGUCGAGCUGCAGAGUUUUGAAUGAGAUGAAGUCUCUCAGUGGUUUUUGUCAGGAGGCCAGUAAAUAAUGUGUCACAGUAAUUGAGUCGGCUUGAAAUAAAGGCAUGAAUCAGUUUUUCUUAUCUUUUUGAUUUAUAAAUGGUUGUCAGUUUUUUAAGGUGGAAAGAUUUCCGUCACCUUGUUGAUGUGGUACUUGAAUCUUAAAUCUGAGUCUAGGAUAAUACCAAGACUCGUAACCUCAGAUUGAAUCCAGGGAGUUAAUUUCCCAGAUUAUUAAACAGCAUUUCUUUUUGUCUUAGGGCUGACUAGGAGGACUUUGGUUUCAUCCUCAUUUAACCUCAAGGAAUGAUUGCUCAUCUAUUUAGUUAUUAACAAAAGAUAGUAAUGGAGUCUAUAGCUGCAGCAUCAUGUGGUUCAGCACAGAUGUACAGUUGUGUGUCAUCACGAUCUCCAAGGCCGAUGUAAAACCUUCUCCCUUAACACACAGUCAGAAAGACUAACCAACUGUUCGGGGCGAUUGAUUAAGAUAUCAUGGUCAAUCGUAUCAAACGCUGCACUUAGAUCUAAGAGAAGAGCUGAGACCUUGUUUUCAUUAGAGUUUAGUCACUGAGGUCGCUGAUUAUUUUAGUCAGUUUCAGUGCUGUGGUCUCUUCUAAAGCCUGACUGAAAUUCCUCCACAGUGUUAUUUUCUUGAAAAAAAAAAAGUAAAUUUGCACUGAAACUCUUUUCCAGCGUCUUACUGAUGAAUGAAAGGUUGGAUAUUGGUCUAUACUUGAUGAGUGCAUUAUUACCUAGACUUGGUUUCUUCAGUCUUGGUUUUAUAGCAGCUGUUUUGAAGGCAUCUGGGAAGACGCCUCAUUGUAGAGAUGUAUUUACAAUCUGCAGGACAUGACUUGAAACACUGUCAAACACCAGCUUUGAAAAUGCUGUAGGUACAGAGUCAACACAUGAGGUGGAGGAGUUAGACUCAGUGACGGUCUUGCAGAGCUCAGUUCAUGUAAUACAGGUGAAUUUUCCCACGGUUACAUCUUUUUUUUUGCUGAGGUCAUCAGGGUUUACAUCAGCAGCAAUGUCGGCUCUGAAUGAGGUUAUAUUAUUAUUGAGGAACAAUUUCAAAGUUAUUGCGUGCUUGUUUAAUAUGAAUGUUCUGAGCAAUCAGGUCAGAUGACAAAGUCAUCCCUGGGGCAGUCUCCCACUUAGCUUCCUACAGCCCGAGGUACUUAAUUUAAUCAGUUAUUAAGCACAGUAGACAAAAUAUGACUUGUGAUCAACACCAACUAAAUAAGCAGUUAAACGGUGUCAAGUGCAGCGCUAGAAGUAGUUAGUUAGUCUUGCAAGUGUUUCUGGAAGAACUAGGAGUGCACCUGCUCCAGAAGUGUGUGGGUUGAUACUGUAUAUUCAGAAAUGUGAAGAAGGACACUGGUUGACAAGAACUCAAGGAGGGGCCUCAUAAGAAACCUAUGGAGUGAAAGAAAUACUGAGAAAUACAGAGGGCAGACAGGAGCCAUGGCGAUAAGCUCUACUGAUAACUGAUGCCACAUUUUGGCAAUGCAUAGGUGCAUAUUACAAAGUUGUGUCCUACGCUGCCCAAAAUGCUUGCAGCAUCAUUCAUCCUUUGUCUCUCGCUCUCCCCCUGCAGUGGAACACUAUUCAGUUAGACAUGACAGGAAUGAGAGAGUUUUAUCAGCCCAUAUUUGUGCCACAUUUUCUUUUAUUGUACAAGGAAACAGCAUCUUCUGGAGCGGUGCUGUCAGGCUGGGCCAAUAUUUGGUGGAUAAUUUAGCUCUGUCUUUAAAGCCGAGUCUCGCAGCCUUCUCAGCCGCCACAGUUCCUGCUGUUAACAUCAGCGGUGUGAGGUGUUGUGUGAAAUGAAGUGUGUGGAGGAGGGAUGGCUGCAGCGGGGACACUGAGGCUGAGGGCGUGGGCAUGGUUUGUUCAGGACCUCUGACAGCUGAGAGCAGCAGGACUGAAGUGAUUCACAGAGCCAGAGAACAGGACAGCAGUCAUCUGUUCCAGAUGUACACUGAGGUAGUUUAUUCUUAUCGCCUAAAGCUCAUGUGGUGGAGUGUGGGAGUGGCUGAGAACUGUACAGAGUUCAGAUGUUACACAUCUGAUGGUGGAAACUUUUUACAUUUGAUAGCUAUUUGUGCAUCAGUUGUAAAAUCAUGUUCCAUGAAAAGAAAAGUGUAUCUGUGUUGUAUUUUCUGUGGUUUCAGUAACUAUACUUCAGGCAUACACUGAAAGCAACAGUGGUCAGAUACAUGUGUGUUUUACAAGUGUGAAGGUGAUGAGUAAGCCAUCAUCAUCAUCACCAUGUUGAUACUGAUGCUAUCCAAUACCUAGCCGACAUUUAGACCUACUGAGUUCAUGAAUGCCGUCGUCUGGAUAACUUCACUCGAAGUCGGAUCAGAGAUCCUUCUUUUCCAUUAAACAGUCAAACAUUUCUAAACAUCUAUUUUACAGCAGUGAAUGAAGAUGUGGUUGUUUUCAUUUUAAUGCGCCUGGCUGCUUGUUCCAAAGGAGAGUGGAAGUAAAUCUUUUAAUAGCUUUUCAUUUCAGGCCUGGAGGCAAUAAACACUCCAGCACUUGACAGGGUGUGUGGAUGUUUCUGAUUUCCACUGUAUAUGAGACUGAAAUGACAUGCUUUGCUACAGAAUGUCACUGAGCAUGUAUUAUAAAUUUGUUAACUCUUUCACCGCCCGGUUGGCCUUUAUAUUCACACGUCAGUUUAGAGGCACAGGCGUCACAUCCAUUACAUUUCACCGACAGCCUGUAACCUAAAGAUUAUAUCUUACUUUAUCAGCAAGCAUACUCCCUAAAACAGUUCAAACCAAAGGGUGGUAUGCCUUCACUUGAUAUCCAGAUGAUAACAGGCAUAACAAUUCAAUUCAGUUUUAUUUAUAUAGCGCCAAAUCACAACCAAGGCUGCCUCAGGACACUUUCCAUAUAGAGCAGGUACAGACCAAAAUCUUUAUCUACAGAAACCCAACAAUUCCCUCAUGAGCGAGCACUUGGCGACAGUGGCGAGGAAAAACUAUGAAGUGCAUCUGGCAAAGUAUUUGCCUAUGUGAUAUUUAUGUAUGUGAUGUAUUAACAUAUUAAUAGCAGAUAGUAUAUGACCAUAGUACGGCACUAAUAAGCUAAUAAUAAUGGUAGCAUAGCUAAUAACAGUAAAAGUUGCAGUGGAUGUCCGGCAGGGCAGGAGCUGUAGCUGUAAUCACAGGGGAGCAGGGCGCAACCAUGACCCACAAUCCAGGUGCAUGAUCCAUGGGAACCUGCGUGACGAGAAAGCCUCCAGGGAAGAGAUCGAGUUAGAGACGUGCAUUGCUGAGACGUGAAUGCAUACAGAUGGAGAGGUAAAGAGGAGCUCAGUGUAUCAUGGGAUGUUCGCCUGCAGUCUAAGCCUACAGCAGCAUAACUAGUCCGGUCCAAGGCAAGCCUGAGCCAGCCCUAAGUGUAAGAUUUAUGAAAGAGGAUGACUCUUAAGAGUAAAGAGGGUGUCUGUCCCCUGGACCGAAAUUGAAGGAUGGUUCCACAGGAGCUUGAUAGCUGAAGGCUCAGGCUCCAGUUCUACUUUUGGAGACUUUAGGAACCAGCAGUCUGGGAACACAGUGUUCUAGUGGGGUAAUAGAGUGCUAUGAGCUUUUUAAGAUAUGAUGGUGCCUGAUCAUUUAGGGCUUUGUAGGGCUUUUCUUUUUAGAGUCAGAUAAGGUUAACAUCAGUCUCUAUGUUGAAAUACACACCUACCAACUAAGACUACCAACCAGGUAAAAGGGGCAAGUCAGAAGUAAAGUGCAGACAGGGCCUGCAUUAUUUCUUCUUGUGGGCUUGUCCUCUUCAAAGGCUUUUUAUUAUUUUGGUAAAAAAAAAAGAUGUAUCUUGUCAAAUUACCACAAACUAACUGACAGACACAGAACCUGUGGCCAGGUAGUGUUAUUCCAGCAAAGAAGUAGUGGUUGGUUUCUGGGUAUUUGGGCACAAAACGAAGCUGCCAUGUAUAGGCUGAUGUGUUAAUAAAAACUUUGUGGCACCAGGGUACUCACUGUUUUCUUUCUCCCUUCCCAGGAUUCAUUGUGUUCCCCCCAACUUAUUAUGGAGGACGAGGGGUUGAGUCGGCUGGCCCAGACCGUCCAGGUGUUGGUCGACCUGGCUGAUGGCUCCCAGCGCGGCCUGAAACAGGAAACGUCGGGGACGGCUGGCUCAGCACA